AUGGCUGUACUGUGGCUGGUGCUGCCCCUGAGCCUGCUCAUUUUUUUCCUGGGAGUCUUUGUGUGGGCCGUCUUGAAGCAUUUCCUCACCACAGAUGUCCCCUCUACUUUGAAACAUCCCAUAAAGUUAAGAAUUCUGCAUUGUGCAUUUCUAUAUGUGACCACUUUGGGGGACAUACUAGAGAAGCUGGGAAUUUGUUCAAUGCCCCGCUUUGUCCGCUUUCUACACGACAGAUUGAUCAUAAUCAAGAAGGACCCUAAAAUACUGGUGACCAACCUAUACUUUGGGACAAUCCCUGUGAGGCUGUUCCAACCCAGUGCAGCAUCCUGUAGCCCCCGGCGAGGUGUCAUCUUCUACCAUGGAGGGGGCGUGAUGUUCGGCAGCCUGGAUUCUUACCACAGCCUGUGCAGUUACCUGGCCCGGGAGACAGACUCUGUGGUCUUGUGUGUGGGGUACCGCAAGCUUCCUGACUACCAUUACCCUAUCAGUUAUGAGGACUGCCUCAAUGCCACAAUCCACUUUCUGAAGGGCCCAGAAGCCUAUGGGGUUGACCCCUUACGGGUGGUAAUCUGUGGGGAAAGUGUUGGUGCUGCAUUUGUGGCUAUGGCUACCCAGAACUUGGUGGGCAGGACUGAUCUUCCCAGGAUUCGAGCUCAGAUUCUUAUUUGUUCACCUGUGCAGAUAAUCAAUCUGCAGUUACCAUCCUUUCAACAAUACAAAAAUGUCCCAUUCCUCACUGAAGAAAUGACGAUGAAUUUUGUCUGUAAAUGCAUGGCCAUUGAUGUCUCUUGGAAAGAUGCCAUACUGAAUGGAUCCUGUAUUCCUCCAGAUUUCUGGAGGAAGCACAGAAAAUGGCUCAGUUCUGAUAACAUUCCAGACAGGCUCAAAAAGGAAUAUCAAGAACCUCAGGUUCUUGAGGCGUUCAAUGAGUCUGCUUAUCUGGAAAAUAAACAGAUAUUUGAUUUAACACCUAUCCUUGCAGAUGAUGAGAUAAUCUCUCAGCUUCCCGAGGCCUUCCUGGUGAGCUGUGAGUAUGACCUGCUCCGUGAUCACAGCUUGCUUUACAAGAAGCGCUUAGAAGAGCAUGGGGUCCCUGUGAGCUGGUACCACAUAGAGGAUGGUUUUCAUGGAUGUAUCAUUUUAUUUGACAAGAAGCCUUUCCAUUUUCCAUGCUCCCAGAACAUUAUGAAUGCCGUGGUCAGUUACAUAAAGAGUCUAUGA